AUGCAACGAGAGCCAUCCGAGUCUUCAGAACAGCUGCACCGGUCUAACAACAUCCUGAAUUCCUCCUCUUCAUCUCAACAUGGCUUUCCUCUCCAAGAGCCGGGCGACUUUGGUCAAGUCCGUUACACGGGUCCUAGCGGAGGCUCCCACGACGACUCGCCAAACUCCGCGUCGGGCCUUGGCCGUGAAUCUCGCGAUGCAGUCGAUGCUGACAGGCUCGAUGAGAGACUACGUGGAUUGAUCCUUUGCGGGAAACCUAGCACGACUCGACAUCGCCCCAUUACUGCUGGUCAGAGAGUUUCUGAUCAUGAAAAUGCCUUCACGCCAUCCACUCCGAGGCAAGCCCUAGGAUUCAAGGUCAUACGACGCUCCGACUCAUCUGGUGGGCCUCAAAUAACAGAUUUUCCAAAUGAGAUCCUGACGCACAUUUUGUCACAUCUGCAUCCCGAUUCCCAUGCCGCCGUGGCUUUAGUGUCGAAACGCUUCUAUGCGCUGGUGACAACGCCACACGCAUGGCGCAUGGCCUUCAUGCGAUACUUUCCAGGGCAUACUUGUUUGGAUGCAACAUUUGGGAGAACCAUCGUCAAUCCGAGGGAUGGGCCGACCUCAGAUGUCGUGCGGUCCGACAUCCGCUACUUUGGCCGCCUAACCCCUCUUACUACUUGGCGAAGCGAGUAUCUGUUCAGAACUCGACUAAUGAGGAGCUUGGUACGAGGCAAGCCCGGGAAUAGCGCUGGUGGUAUUGGUGCUUCCGGGGGAGCAGGAAAAUCUUCCAAGCGCAGGAGCGCCGUCCUGACAUACAACUCGAAGCUGCCAUGGCUGGUGACGAAUAUCCAUGCUGUGUUUUCCAACGGCAAGAAGCCGCCGCGCGCUAUCCAGGGAGCUGGCCAUCUUGGCGUUGCUACCCUGAGCGAUCCGACAAGUGGCAAGGUUGAGAAAUGGGGCCUCGAGGAUCCCUUCUCCGCUGCUCAGUGGGAAGAAGUCGCCCCAAACACCAUUCCCUAUGGUCUUGGAGACGGACCUGUCGCUGUCCACAACGUCAUGGAUGUCAGCCAACCGUAUGGUGUCAUUGCCGGCGAAGGCUUUCCCGGCGGUCGCGCUCACUUUCGAGGCGUCAAUGAAUCGUGUGGUCGUUAUCUCGGCGGUGAGACUGGAGUUGUCGACGCGUACCCGGAUGUACCCAAGAUUCCGGAAAUGUCGGAUUCCAUUUGCAGUCUGUGGAUUGCAAAGUCGUCCGUCGUUCCAAAUACCACGCAAUCCAUGUGCGGCAUGCUCACGGGAUCGGCCCUGGGCGUUGUCACUGCUUACUCACUUGGAGGCGACUCCAAUGGUCCUAGAUACUCCAAUGGCGACAUGACAGCUCGAUGGGUUCUCAGCCCUGGCGUGCCAAUCAUUUCACUAAAGAUUGAUGACAAUUACACUAUGAAGCGGAAGCUGUCUUCCAGAGUCUGGGCCGCAGCCCUCAACGCUCUAGGCGAGGUCUACUAUUUGACCCAGAGCCCCAUGGCUACACUCGAUCGCGGCAGUGGAGACGACGUCAUCAGGCAUGCAUGGCUUGCUGGUAGGACAGCAUAUUGGCAGCUAAUAGAGUCGACCAGGCGGACUGCCCGACCGGAUGGGUUGGACAAGGAUGCCGUGAGAGGAGCCCAUACUCCACGUUCGCCGUCGAGUGACGUGAUGCUCAGCAAUGAGCAACUCGCGGCUGAGGCUCGCGAGGUUGAAAAAUAUCUUUGCUACAGUCCGUCUCGCUUUCGCAAGGUUUGCGAGGGUUGGGAUAUGCGACGCCGCCUUGAGGUUGACUUUGCCGCAGAUGACGGCAAAGGGGCAGGAGAAGGUGUUUUUGUCAUGGACUGUGGAUUUGCUGAGCAAACACCUGCCCGAGUGCUGCGAUAUUCCCGGUCACUGGUUUCGCCCACAGUGCAGCAUGAGCAGAACGGGCCAAGACGAAGCAGUUCUACAGCAAGCGCGCCGGCCAGACCGCGACCGUCACUCUUUGGACCAGCAGAGACAGUUGCGGAAAUGCAAUGCGCAACGCCAGAAGCUCAAUCGCCGCAGCCCCCUCCCCCUCCCCCGACGCCCUUGCCGCCGCUGCGUCAGUCUACAGCCGACUGGAGUUGUACUGCUUUUGUGCUCCAAGGCAGCCAACAGGCAGCCAACAUCACGGCCAGCAGUUUGGAGUGCUCAAGCCCCUCUCUGUUCACACUUGGCGAAGACCCUUUGCAGGCGGCAGGAGCGUCUAGCGGUGCACCUGGGAUGGUUACUGCGAUCACGACCACGACCACGACCACGAUUUCGACCACGCCCGCUACCUCAUCAGUGGACAAGGCUGAGCGGGUGGUCACAGAGGUUCCGGGGCGUCGGGCACGCUUCUUGGCCGUUGGCACCGACACUGGUGCCGUCACGGUAUGGAAUGCUCGUGAUGAAGCCAGGCACCGAGCUGCACAGCCGCUGCGCGUUCUGCACACCGAUUCGCCCGAGAUUUCGUGUCUCGCAGUGUCAGCGUUGUACCUGGUCCACGGAGGAAGUGAUGGUCUGGUGCAGGCCUGGGAUCCCCUUGCAUCGACAUUGGAGCCCAUCAGAACCCUCAACGCGCGAUCCAAUGGCCGUGUACCACGGCACAUGACGACCAUGAACCCGACGCUUCGGGAAGGCAGUUACUCGACAGUCGGUGCCAUCUAUCUAGACCCGGACCCGACGGCCCUGCGAGGCGUGCUGUCCUUUGGCGCCUUUCUUCGGUACUGGGCAUACAGCUCAGCAAGCCACCAGACGGGCCCGAAGCGUCGCGUCAGACAUUCCGAUGUCCACGGACGCAUUGCCAGCCGUAGACUCGGCGGCACAGUCUCGGGGUACAUUGCGGCGGAAGAACGAGAGCUCCGUCGCGAAAACGAGGCCCGCGCCCGCGAGCAGGCGCACCUCCGCAAGCGCUUUGGCGUCGGCGCUCUAGGCGAUCUCACGGAAGAGGAGGCCCUCCGAUACGCGCAAGUGGUUUCCGAGGAGGCGUACCUCCAGGAUGAACAGCGUCGAGCCAGCGACUCUGCCGCGGACGCGAGUCUAGAUACGGCAUCGUCUGUGAGCGAGACCACAGUCGACGUGACGCCGGAAGCCAGCGUCGCGGAUGUGAGCCCCCCCAUGGCCAGCGCGACGGAUAACGAUGAGAGCGAAUUCGAGCAGCAAAUGCAGCAGGCGAUUCGGCUCUCGCUGUUGGAGGGCGUAAAUGAUGUCGGCCAGUCCCCGCGUGACAAUUCCUCUGGCGAUUUCGACUUUCCCAUCCAAGUCAAGGUUCAGAACAAGAAGACCAGAGGGUCACGUUCGACGUCUACUUCGCCUGCGUCAUCGAGCCACACGCCCAUCCGGCAGGGUCCGUCCAAGCUGAUUACCGAAGAUGGAGGUCUCGCCUCGGUGGCGAGUCCAAGCCUGCAGGAGCACGAGGUGGCAGGGCCAGGUGUGCACAGGGAGUGCGAUUUCCCACCUCUCAGCACGGAGGGGGAGGGGGAGAGUGUUGGGAAGGGCAGGGGCAGGGGCAGGGGCAGGGGCACCAGCAGGCGGUAG